UUGGCGCGGGUUGGGCCGAGCCUGCGCAGCGCCGGCGCCCUUUAAGCCGCGCCUGCCCGCCCGGGUGUCUGUGCAGGGACCGACCGCGCGGGAAGGAGCCCGGGGACGCGCCUUCCUCCUCCUCCUUUUCCCUCCUCCCUCUCCUCCUCCUCCUGCUGUCCGGCAGCGCCGCAGCCCCCUCCUCCCCGCCCCGUGCCCCCCGCGCCUCCCGCCGCCAGCGGCUCUAAGAUGCCCCGCUAUGAACUGGCUUUGAUCCUGAAAGCCAUGCAGAGGGGUUGGUACAGUAGGCCUCACUAAACUUAGCUGCAACUAAGAAUUUCUCCUACAUCAACUGAGUUAAGGCUGUGAUGCUCUUGUGGAAUGUGGAUUAAAAGUGCGUGCUAAGUUCCAAAUUCCCAGUUGAGAAGCGGAGAAAGUAAAUGUACCACUGCCACCAGCAUCAGGACAGCAAACCAAGGGACAAAGAAUUUUGAGCCGCGGUGUUGCUCUUUGUUAACUGGCUCACGUGGUGCUUAAGAGACGUUGGCUGGGGGGCGAGAAGUGGACGCCAGCCGGUUUACAAACAUGAGGGCCGCCCUGGAGACGGCAGACAUUGCCAUUGUGGCCCUGUACUUCGUGCUGGUCAUGUGCAUAGGUUUCUUUGCCAUGUGGAAGUACAAUCGGAGCACCGUGAGCGGCUACUUUUUGGCAGGGCGUUCUAUGACCUGGGUAGCGAUCGGUGCCUCUUUGUUUGUGAGCAAUAUUGGAAGUGAACAUUUCAUUGGGCUCGCAGGAUCCGGAGCGGCGAGCGGAUUUGCCGUGGGCGCGUGGGAGUUCAACGCCUUAAUGCUUUUGCAGCUUUUGGGAUGGGUCUUCGUCCCCGUCUACAUCCGGUCGGGAGUGUACACCAUGCCCGAAUACUUGUCCAAGCGUUUCGGAGGGCAUAGGAUUCAAAUCUAUUUUGCAGCGUUGUCUCUAAUUCUUUAUAUCUUCACCAAACUCUCGGUUGACUUGUAUUCGGGGGCGCUUUUUAUCCAAGAGUCGCUAGGUUGGAACCUCUAUCUCUCGGUUAUCCUGCUUAUCGGAAUGACGGCGCUCUUGACUGUGACCGGAGGGCUGGUGGCCGUCAUCUACACAGACACCCUGCAGGCCCUGCUUAUGAUUAUCGGUGCCCUCACGCUCAUGAUCAUAAGCAUCACGGAGGUCGGCGGGUUUGAAGAAGUUAAGAGGAGGUACAUGUUGGCGGCGCCCAACAUCACGUCCAUCCUGUUGACCUACAACAUUUCCAACACCAACUCCUGCAACGUCGACCCCAAGCCCGACGCUCUCAAAAUGCUGCGCGAGCCGACGGACGAAGACAUUCCCUGGCCCGGAUUCCUGCUGGGACAGACCCCGGCCUCCGUCUGGUACUGGUGUGCCGACCAAGUCAUAGUCCAGAGAGUCUUAGCCGCCAAAAACAUCGCUCAUGCCAAAGGCUCCACCCUGAUGGCGGGUUUCCUAAAGCUGCUGCCCAUGUUCAUCAUCGUCGUCCCGGGCAUGAUCUCCCGGAUCCUGUUCGCGGACGACAUCGCCUGCAUCAAUCCCGAGCACUGCUUCCAGGUCUGCGGGAGCAGGGCCGGCUGCUCCAACAUCGCCUACCCCCGGCUGGUGAUGAAGCUGGUGCCGGUGGGGCUGCGGGGCCUCAUGAUGGCCGUGAUGAUCGCCGCGCUCAUGAGCGACCUGGACUCCAUCUUCAACAGCGCCAGCACCAUCUUCACCCUCGACGUCUACAAGCUCAUCCGGAAGAGCGCGACGUCCCGGGAGCUCAUGAUCGUCGGGAGGGUCUUCGUGGCGUUCAUGGUGGUGAUCAGCAUCGCCUGGGUGCCCAUCAUCGUGGAGAUGCAGGGCGGGCAGAUGUACCUGUACAUCCAGGAGGUCGCGGACUACCUGACCCCGCCGGUGGCCGCCCUGUUCCUCAUGGGGAUCUUUUGGAAGCGCUGCAACGAGCAGGGGGCCUUCUACGGCGGCAUGGCCGGGUUCGUGCUCGGCGCCGUCCGGUUGAUACUGGCGUUCAUUUACCGCGCUCCGGAGUGCGACCAGCCGGACACGAGGCCGGGCUUCAUCAAGAACAUCCAUUACAUGUACGUGGCCACGGCCCUGUUCUGGAUCACUGGGAUCGUGACCUUCGUGGUCAGUCUCCUGACCCCUCCGCCCACGAAGGAGCAGGUCCGGACCACCACCUUCUGGGCCCUGAAGAACAGGAGCGUCAAGGAGACGGCGGCCAAGGGGGAGCUCUACAAGGCGCAGGAGAAGAGCAUCCUCAAGUGCAACGAGAACGCCAACCACAUCAUCCCCAACGGCAAGUCCGAGGAGAACCUGAAGAACCUCAAGCCGGAGGACAUCAACCUCCUGGUGACCUGCAGAGACGACAGCAACCCGGUGAUCUCGGUGAGCCACUCCGAAGUCGAGACGCCGGUGGAUUGUUACUCCAACGGCCAGGCGGCCCUGAUGGGCGAGAAGAAGCACGAGGAGGAGACUGAGGACCCAGAGAGACAUUUGAAAUUCAUAGAUUGGUUCUGUGGCUUUAAAAGUAAAACCAUGACCAAGAGAGCUGUUCGGGAGGUCGAGGAAGAGACUGUUUGUUUACAAAUGCUGGAAGAGACUCCAAAAGUUAAACUAUUACUAAAUACUGGACUGGUCUGUGUGUGUUCGCUUGGAAUAUUCAUGUUUGUCUACUUCUCUUUGUGAGUGAAUAGUGAACUUUUAAGGGUAUGGCUGAACAUACAGAAGUUGAUACAGGUCUCUGGAGAUUGUUUUUUUUUUCCUGUUUUUUUUUGUUUUUUUUUUUUGAAUUUCAAACAACAUAACCACAACCCAGGCAUUGUUUACGCUAUAAUUGUAAGAUCAACUCAGCUUUAGCCUAUUUCCAGACCAUUUGAGACGUGUUGUCCUCUCUCUGCUCAAAGCAGAACCUGUCCUGUGGUGGCUUUUUCUUUUUUCCCUUUUGUGGUUUUUUUAUUUUUUUGUUGUUUUUUUUUUGUUCCAUUUGCAGUACUAACCUUUUGUUUUUUACGUGUAUAAAUAUACCAAAGGCAGGCAGGUGGCUGUGUUUGAAGUCAGGCAGUUCCAGCUCAGUCAGCAUUAAGAUAACGAGUAAUCAUUUACCAGUGUGGAAAAUCUAAAUGAUCAAAGCUGUGUCAAAAGGUUUUUAAAUGUAGAGCUGUGAUGCACAUCCUGUAAAAUAACUGUAUUCCCUUGGCCAACUUAGCACUUCUUAAUUUUGCUCACUGCUUUCAGUUGUUUUUAUUUUUUUUUUUUUAAUUCAAUCUCUCAUUUCUCUUAUGGCAACAACAGGGAGUUAUUUUGUCUCAUUUUAUAGCACUUAAAACAUGGUAGUUGUUAGUAGCUUUCUGGUUUUAUUUUUUCUUUGUAAGAGAAGUUUUGUCUUUUGUUUUAUUCUUUUUUUUAAUCCACUGUAAAUUCCAGUACUGAAAAAUUGCUGUAUUUAAAAAAAGAAAAAAAAAGGGAAAAAAAGAAACAACAAACCAAACUG